GCUAUUUAUCAUAACCCUUUAUUACAUAGAUAACAAGAUAAAUAUCUAUACAUAACGUAGUUUUACAUUCAUGUAUGUUGUGUCAUGACUGAAGUUAUAGCGGCAUUUCCUGAACUACAAAGCCUGUAUGAUUUGUGGAACAUCAAGUACGAAAUGAGUAUUGAAUCUAGUUCGUAGCUCAUAUUGAUAAGCUGUAAAGUACAAUCGAUUGUAUGUUUUGAUUUUAUGAUAACAAUAGGUUCUCAAGAUAAAAAAGAUAUCGUUGAAAAAUCUGUUAAGUAAUUCUGUAGGUGCAUUUCAGCGUCCGAUGUCGUAGUAUGAACAUGGACUCGUCGGAUAAAACGUCGACUACAGCACCUCAAAUUGCAGAUAACGAGAAUGUUGAGCACAAGAGAAAUUACCAUAUCCGAAAUCAGUGUUUGUCAUAAUCUGCAAUGAAUUCUGUGAAAGGUUUUGCUACUAUGGCAUGCGAGCAAUCCUUGUCAUCUACCUCACACAUAUGCUUGCGUUCAGCGAGAGCGACGCCACGGUGAUCUACCACACUUUCAUCAUGUUGACUUACUUCUUCCCCAUCUUCGGUGCCAUCAUUUCGGACAGUUACCUAGGGAAGUUUAGAACCAUCCUAUACCUGGCCAUGAUCUAUGCUGUGGGUUGCGUCUUGCUCUCGAUAUCUUCCAUUGGGCCUCUGCACUUACCGAUGGCAGCUCUAAGCACACUGGGGCUAUUUCUUAUUGCUAUUGGCACGGGAGGGAUCAAACCUAACGUUGCUGCUUUUGGAGGUGAUCAGUUUGUGCUACCAGAUCAAGAAAGCCAGCUGAUGACGUUCUUUUCUUGGUUUUACUUCUCCAUAAACGCUGGGAGUUUGAUAUCAACAUUUUUAACUCCAGUUUUGAGAAGUGAUGUUCAUUGCUUUGGAGAAGAUAGCUGUUUCUCAUUGGCUUUUGGGAUUCCUGGAGCAUUGAUGAUAGUCUCACUUGUGAUCUUCGUUAUUGGUAAACCAUUGUACAAGAUCAAAGUACCGACGGAAAACGUAAUGGUAGAUGUUACGAAGUGUAUCAGUUAUGCAAUUUCGAAAAAAAUAAAAUCUUCAGAGCAGAAAACACAUUGGCUUGACUAUGCUGAACCGAAAUACGGAUCAGAGUUAGUAAAUAACAUCAAAGUCACAUUGAAAGUCUUGGUACUCUACCUUCCGCUUCCAAUUUUUUGGACUCUCUAUGACCAACAAGGUUCAGGCUGGACGUUCCAAGCUGUUAGGAUGGAUGGAGAUAUUGGUUUCUAUAUUAUACUUCCCGAUCAAAUGCAAGUCGUGAAUCCACUACUGAUAAUGCUGUUCAUUCCGAUUUUCACGUACGGAAUCUAUCCUGCUCUUGCGAAAUGCAGACUAUUGACAUCACCAUUGCAAAGAAUGACAUUCGGAGGUUUGUUGGCAGCUGUAGCCUUCGCUGUAUCUGCUUUUGUUGCCAUGCAGCUUGAGAAAGGGUACCCAGUUUUACCCUCGGCGGGUAACAUCCAGUUGAGGGUAUACAAUCCGGCACCAUGUAAUGUCCACUUCAAUUCCUCUGCUUUGAACAUUGACGAACAAAUAAAUUCAAUGAACGUCUAUACCAAAAAAGACAUAACCUUCAAAGACAUUAACAAAACUAUAGAAUUCAUGUUCUCUGGCUCCUGCCUGAAGAACGACGUGAGCUUUAGUGCAGAUAUCUCUCAGAAAGAGGCUUAUGGAGUAUACAUCAGUGAAAUUGGAGGAAAAUGGUAUCAAGAUUUUGUAGAUAAGAGCGACGAUGGGUAUCCCAGAGUAAGAACCUUGAGCUUCAUCGACCAAGAAAUAACAUACGUCCAAGAUUCCUACAAACUUGUAGUUGAUAAGGGAAAUGAUAAUUUGUUUAAAGCGAGUUACCCUGGAGAAUAUCGCAUAAAUGACAGUUCUCGUAAAUCUAUAUUCAGGUUAGGGGGCACUUACACUAUCCUUGUAGGAAAGGACAUGAAAACAUCCGAAAUAGUGGUUACUGAGCCGAAUGAUGUCCAUAUACUUUGGUUGUUGCCUCAAUAUGUAAUCAUCACAGCUGCAGAGAUCAUGUUUUCUAUCACUGGUCUUGAGUUUUCAUAUUCUCAGGCCCCUGUAUCCAUGAAAUCGCUGCUCCAGGCCUGUUUUCUACUAACAACUGCCUUUGGAAACCUGAUCAUAGUCAUCAUUGAAUCAUUCAAAUUUUUCGACUUACAGUCAAGUAACUUCUUCCUUUACACCGUUCUCAUGAUCCUGGAUAUGGUUCUUUUUGGGAUCUUGGCCAUGAGAUACAAAUACGUAAUACCUCAGGAAAGUGAAGAGCUGCAAGAAAGGAAUGGUGUCGAAAAUCCAGCAUUCAAAACAAAUACUGAUUAGGCCACAAAACAAAUGAUGAUGUACAAAGAGCGAAACGUACUUACUCAUGAAAUGGCGCAUAGUUCGAAAUGUGAAAUCCAGUGAGCAUUGUCCUAUUUGACGUAUAUCUGUGAUUAUGUAUACAGUGUAUGCACUUGUAUGGAAUUUUGUGUUUCAAAUAGGUAGUAUUUUAUGUACGUGUUUGUUGAGUUUUUCAAAUGUAUAUACACAUAUUUUUAAAAAAUGUUUUGUAAAAUUUGUGCGAGCCACAGACUGCGUAGAUGUGGCAAAGCAAUUUUCAUCCCUGACUCUCAUAGAUUGCUGGGUAGCAUUCAUAAGAGGAAAUCCUUCACUUGCUUUAUGACAUCAUUG